AUGACAACCCCAGAAUCCGCCAAGGAACUUCUCGCUUUCCACAAGGGCCUCGUCUCCAUCUCUUGCAUCACCGAGAACGAAUCGCCAUGCACCCAAUUCCUCCAAGCCCACCUUACAAACCUCGGCUACACCGUCGAGCUCCAGACCGUCGCCCCCGGUCGUGAGAACGUCCUGGCCUACCUCGGCAAAGGACGUAACCCUCGGGUUCUCUUCAACACCCAUAUCGAUGUCGUGCCGCCCUAUAUCGAGUACCGUGAGGACGAGGAGAAUGUCUAUGGACGUGGAUCGAGUGAUGCCAAAGGCUGUAUGGCGGCUCAGGUCCAGGCUGUUGAGGAAUUGAGAAAGGAGGGCAAGGUCAAGGAGGGUGAUAUUGGGUUCUUGUUUGUUGUUGGUGAGGAGGUUGAUCAUAUUGGCAUGGUGAAAGCAAACGAUCUCGGUUUGACCCCUGACUACUUGAUUGUCGGAGAACCAACAGAGUCCAGGCUGGCUCUGGGACACAAGGGUGUCUUGCGUCUUAACAUCAGCAUCGAGGGCAAAGCAGCUCACAGCGGAUACCCAGAGUUGGGUGUCAGCGCCAACGACAAGAUGAUUGACCUCUUGCACAGGCUCAUGUCGAUUAAACUCCCCGAGGACCCCUACUUUGGAAAGACGACAAUGAACAUUGGAACCAUCCAAGGAGGACUCGCCGCCAACAUUGUCCCCGCUCUCUCAAAGGCAGGUAUCUCCUUCCGCAUCGCGACCUCGACCCAAGAAGUCCUGGACCUCGUCGAGCAGGUCCUCCCCGCUGAACAGCAACUCAAGGACAAGAUCUCCAUCGAACGUCUGACCUGCUGGGAACCUGUUCGUUGCCACUCUGUCCCUGGAUUCGAAACUUUUGUUGCCAACUACUUUACCGACAUUCCUUCGUUCACUACUGCGAAGCAUUCGUUGCUAUAUGGACCUGGAAGCAUUCUUUGCGCCCAUGCCCCCCACGAGUACAUCAACAAGAAGGAGCUGAUUGCUGCAGUUGGAAGCUACAAGGAUAUUGUCCUGAAACUGUUCGCCGAAUCUCAGUAA